AGCACGCGGUCCUGCAGCAGCGGCGAGAGGAAGGCAGGAGUGUUGGUGGGGUUGUACGGCCAGGAGACACAGCACACUUUGACAGCUGCUGCUGCUCAGGUCAACACCCAGUCCUCCGGAAACCUUGUGCGCCUCAUGCAGUAGUCACAUCAAAUUUGUGCCUGUUGACCGAGUGGAAGGAGUGUGAACAUCUUGGCCUAAUCUCUAGAGAAGUGUUCAAAGGAGCUGCAGCCAUGGCAUCUAAUGAAACACGGCUGGAGGGCACAAGCUCACGCGUGAAUGGCAGAGGAGUGAAACGUGCCAACCCUAUUGUUUUAAAUGGUCUGGAAGGAACUGCUGAGGAGAAGAACUCUGAUUACUUGUGUCCUGUGUGUUUGGACCUCAUAUCAGAAGCCCACAUGACUAAAUGUGGUCAUACUUUUUGCCACAAGUGUCUGGUUAAUAGCAUAGAAUCAAAUAAAAGAUGUCCCAAGUGUAGUUUUACCGUAGAGAGCAUUGAUCAUAUAUUUCCAAAUCAUACGGUGAAUCAACAAGUAUUGAAACAACGACGGUUGGCCGACCUUCAUGCUGCGUUCACAAAAAAGAAUAAUGUGGCUGCCCUUAGUGAACUCAGGAAUAAUCUUAGCUUUGAAACUUCUUCCUUAGGACUCAGUGACAUUACACAUAUAAUAAGUAUUUUGCAAGAAAAGAAGGAACAGUUAGAGGCUGCCUCAAUGCAAAAUAAGUUUCAGCUCAUGAAAGAUUUUUUGAUAACCCUCAGAAAAAGGAAAGAAGAACAAAUAGCUUCUGUAAGCAGAGAACUGAAACUCAUAUCACAUGAUCUGUCUUCUGUAGAAAAUAAUAUUGAUCCUGCAUCUCCCUUCAAAAGUUUAACCAGUACAUUAUCUCAGGGAGGAAGUGUUUCAGACUCAAGUGGUGUGUUCCUCUCUGAUGUUAUUAGUGGAGAGUGUUCCGAAAUUUCCAAUGGACCCCGGGAAACUCAAAGCCCCUCGGAGGAAGGCUUUAAUGUUCCUCUAUUCAGCCAGGCCUGCCCGGAGAGUUCCACAGUCCAGGCCAAGCGGAAGAGGAUGCAUCUUCACUUUGAGGAGUUGGUGGAGAGGUACUUCAGCAUGCGGGUCCCUGGCUUCAGUGACUCGGGCAUGGAUGAGGAGGAAGAUCAAGGGCUUGACCAGUUUGGGGAAUGUAUCUCAAAAUUUACUCAGUACAGUGCCAUGCGUCCUUUAGCAACAAUCAAUUACAACUGUGACAUGUUCAACCAGUCCAGCAAUAUUGCUUCAAGUAUAGAAUUUGACAAAGACAGUGAAUAUUUUGCUGUAGCUGGACUCACUAAAAAGAUUCGCAUAUUUGACUAUGGAACAGUGAUCAGAGAUACUGUAGAUUUACAUUAUCCUUGCUCUGAAAUGAUUUGUAGUUCAAAGAUUAGCUGUGUGAGUUGGAGUAACUACAUGAAAAAUUUAUUAGCCAGUAGUGACUAUGAUGGCACAGUUACAGUAUGGGAUGCCUUCACUGCCCAGAGACUCCACGUCUUCCAGGAACAUGAGAAAAGGUGCUGGAACGUAGACUUCAAUAAAAUGGACACCAAGCUGAUAGCCUCAGGUAGUGAUGACCACAAAGUUAAGCUGUGGUCCCUGGAUAUAGAAAGGUCCAUCACAUCAUUAGAAGCCAAAGCAAAUGUGUGUUGUGUGCAGUUUAAUCCAUCCAGCAGGUACCACCUAGCAUUUGGGUCUGCGGACCAUUGUGUGCACUACUACGACCUGCGCAACAUGAAAGAGGAAGUUAGAGUGUUUAAAGGCCACCGGAAAGCUGUGUCAUAUGUUAAAUUUGUGUCCAGUGAGGAUAUUGUAUCUGCCUCAACUGACAGCCUAUUGAAGAUCUGGAACGUGAACAAGUCCCAUUGUGUACGUUCCCUCCAGGGUCACAUAAAUGAGAAAAACUUUGUUGGCCUGGCCACUGAUGGAGAGUAUGUGGCUUGUGGGUCUGAGAACAAUUCACUAUAUGUGUAUUAUAAAGGUAUGUCCAAAAAGCUAUUUAGUUUGAAAUUUGACCAAAAAAAGUGGGUGUUGGAUCAGGAGCAAAAAGAGGAGGAGUCCACAGAGUUUGUUUCAGCAGUUUGUUGGAGAAGAGGGUCAAACAUCAUAGCAGCAGGCAAUAGCAAGGGUAUAAUCAAGAUACUGCAGAUGGUAUAAUUGAAAUAAAACCCUCUAAUUGUUAUCUACAUAUUUAUGAAGUGGUAUUAAUAUGUUUUGUUAUAUACGAAUGUAUUUUUUGUAUAAUAUAUCUGGGUACUUGUACAAAUUUUGUAUGUGAUAUACAUGUGUUGUUUUAUUUUUUGAAAGUGAGUAUUUUUAACAUUUUGUUUGUGUCUGGGCUGAUAGUUUUUUGUGCAGUCUUAAAAUAAGCUUAUUUAUUUUCUGUAAUAAUUUUGCUGUACUGAUCAAUGAAAAGAUAACUAUUGGUAAAAUAAUAAUUUCAGUAUUGCAUUGAGAUGAUCUUUAGCAUAUGAAACGAUAAAUCAUCAUGUUAUAUUUUUUACAACAGUGAUGGAUGGUUGACCCGUGCAGUGAAGUAAAUUGACAAAAUUCUAAGUGGAAAUGUCCAGUUAGUAGUCCAACUCAUGUUUAAGUCCAGUGUUGGAGUACAUUCUAUAUGAGAUAUAUGGUAACACUGCUUCUUGAGAUAUAUACAGUCAUGUCGGUCGUGGCAAAUGUUUUGUGUCCGCAGUUGCAUCCCUUGAGUUUUACCCCUCCCCUCCCUAUGGCAUAUAUAUAUAUAUAUAUAUAUAU